AUGAUAGGGAGAACUUCCAUGCUCUUGGAAAGCAACCUAAAAUUGAAAGCACUUGGAUACAAUGGGGAUCUCUCCAAAGCUCGGUCAUUUUUCGACUCCAUGCCAGAAAGAAACAUUGUGUCCUGGACAACAAUGCUCGCUCUUUUCUCCACGCACGCCACAGUCUCAGAGGCUUGGCACCUCUUCAACGCCAUGCCCCUACACGACUUGGUUUCUUGGAAUAUCAUGCUAGCAGCAUAUGCCUUCAAUGGGCAUCUUAAAGAGGCCAGAUCCUUCUUCGGCUCAAUGCCUUGCUGGGACGUUGUUUCCUGGAAUUCCAUGCUAUCAGGAAUAAUCAAACAUGGCAGCCUUAAUGACGCACUGCAAUGGUUUGGAAUCAUGUCUGUGAGAAACCUUGUCUCUACAAAUGCUCUCCUCAACGCAUUUUCCCAGGCGGGGCAUUUCGCGGAAGCAAAGAACCUCUACUCAACCAUGCCGGAGCACGACAUAGUGUCGCACAAUGCCAUGCUGGCGGCGUACGGUCACACUGGUGACGUGGAGGAGGCACGUUGCGUUUUCUAUUCAAUGUCGUACUGUGACUUGGCAACGUGGACAAUCCUUCUCUCACUGUAUGCCCAAAACGGGCACCUUGUGGAGGCGAAGUGCAUGUUUGAUUCCAUGCCCCAGCAGGACAUAGUUUCUACCACAGCCAUGAUGGCGGCAUAUGCCCAAAACGGCCAUCUAAAAGAUGCCGUGGAUAUCUUUAAUGGAAUGCACUACCUUACGCUAGUGUCUUGGAACUCCAUGCUAGACGGAUAUGCCCAGAACGGGUAUCUAAAGGAAGCCAAGAUUCUCUUUCAAAUAAUGCCGAUGAGAAAUCUUGUGUCCUGGAAUGUGAUGUUGGCUGCUCAUGCUGGGAACUUGGACGAUUCCACGAGAUUCUUUGGAGGAAUGCAAGCUAGAGACACUGUCUCCUGGAACGUAUUAAUGGCAGCGAAUACUUACAAUGGGCACUUUGUAGAGGCUAUAUCCCUACAUAUGGAGAUGAAGAUGGAAGGCUGUGACCCAGAUGAUGCAACAUUCAUCAGCUUGUUUUUUUCUUGCAGCCACCUUGGUGACGUAAUUUGUGGUCUAAAGUACUUUGUGUCAAUGCUCAUAGAUUAUAAUUUCCAUGCCACCAAGCAACACUACCACUGUAUGGUGGAUUUGUUAGCUCGUUCGGGUUUCUUGCAUGAAGCUUGCACUAUGAUUGAAGAGAUGCCUUUCAUGCCAAUUGUAGAUGACUGGAUUUGCUUGCUUGGUUCCUGUAGAAGUUAUAACGUACCAGAGCUAGGAGCUUACUCUGGAAUACGUGGGAGUAGAAGUUAUAACGUACCAGAGCUAGGAGCUUACUCUGGAAUACGUGGGAUUGAGCUUAAUGUUGACAGCCUCCCAAGAGCAAAUAGAGAAAAUGCACGGUUUAAUACAUUGAGUCAAAAGAAAAAGGAUGUAAGACGUACCUCGAGCGGAAGAGCCAGUGCUGGUGCUGUCGAAAGCAUACCGCCAUCUCAUAACUCUGAAGCUCAGCUCGCGGAUAUGAAUUCCUCGCCUAGUUCUCUGCAAGUCGUCGACCAUUCUCCUUCUCAAGCUUCCGGCCGCUGGCAGCCACAGAUGAUUCCAAGUUCCGGCGAGAGGGAAGGACUACACGAUUGGCAAGCCAGGAAAUAUCAGGGCCCUGACGAGGCCUUUCUGUGCCACGGUCCCAAGUGCUACAGGGAAACGUUCUUCGUCAUGGUCGCCACCUAUCUGGGUGUGCCAUCGCCAGCUUGA